AUGUUACAGCCAACACCAACGACAACUCCAUCGGCUUCUCCAGCUCCAUCUUCCAUUGAGGAGAAGGAUGCUAAACCAUCAUCCAGUGCAGCAGGACUUCCUCCUUCCAACAACAUAAAAGUGGCAUUUACAGAGAAACAACUAGAAGAAUAUAAGGAGGCUUUUGAUAUGUUCGUUAAUCAAGAUAUUGCAAAACAAGAACAAGAAGAUUCUAAAUUUAGGAGUUUCAAACGAGUGGAUUCUUUCAUGGAGAGGAAACCAUCAUCAAGUUUUAUAUUAAAACAAGCAGAAACGAAAACAGAGUCACGACAAACAGAUAAUGACAACGAAUUCGAUGAAUAUGGAGAUUUAGUUUCGAGUGACAGUGAUCAGGAGGAAGAAGAAGAAAACGAGCCAAGUAUUAACUUGGCAAAAUUAGGAAGUAUCAUGAGAAGCUUAUUUCAAAAUCCAACAGAAACUGAAUUGAAAGAUAUGAUUAAGGAGGUGGAUGCGGACGGUAACGGAGAGAUUGAAUUUGAUGAAUUUCUCUUGCUCAUGGCUAGCAAAGCCAAUGAACUUGAUUCGUUUGAAGAAAUGAAAGAAGCAUUCAACUUGUUUGACAAAGAUAAGGAUGGUAUCAUUACUGUGGGUGAGGUGCAAAAAGUGUUUGCUCACAUUGGUUGUGAUUUGACUCUGGAUGAGUGUGAUUUGAUGAUCAAAGAGGUCGAUCAGACAGGAAAAGGAAUUGGUAUUGAAUUUGAAGAUUUUGUUAAAUUAAUGAAGAUGAGUAAGGAAGAACUGAACGAAUCUGUGAAGCACAUUAUUGAAUAUGACAACUGUCUUGAAGAUUUACGAGAAUUGCAAAAGAUGAGCUCAUUCUCAAAAAGCAGUUGA